UCUUUCUUUCGUCAACUCGUCUGCCAGUCGCGCGUUUUUAUUUCCUAUCAGCAUUCGUGUGAUCGUAUUGAUAUUAUUAAUUAACUAUUUUUUAUAAAAUUUUUAUAUAAUUUCGGAGUAAUAGUCAUUCGACAUACAUUGUUGUUGUAUAUUAUUCUAAUAACAAUAUCGGAGCAAGCUUAAUAUAAAAAAACGUGCAUUAAAAAAAAAAAUAGUUUUUUGUAUUAAACAAAUAGUUGUCAACAUUUAAGUGACUAUGCAGUUCGAUUAAUAAUUAAUCGUUGAAAAAAUAAUAACCCAACAGUGUCUUAUUAAUUAUUAUAAAUAUUUUCAUGCAGGCUGGAAAAAAGUAUAAGGAUGCAAUGAGUGAUGAAAGCAGCGGAAGUGAUUUUGAUGAUGAUGAAGAUCCAGAUAAAAUUGAAGUUCCUGGAGGAGGAAAAGAUCUUGCAACUGCUGCAGGAAUUGCUAACAUAAAGGAAGAAAAUAAUAUUUCAUCUCCUGAUGCAACAAAAAAUCUUGGAACAAAUGCAAUGCAGAAAGGAGCAAAAAUUCCUGAAGGUUUAGUCAUGAAGACUCCAGUUCCAGGAUAUGAAGUAGUAAGGUCUGGUGGUUCCCAAGGAAAUAUGCAAGGUUUUUCAAAUGCUAAUCAAAUGAAUCAAAUGGGUCAAUUUGGUGGCAGUGGACCUUUUCCUAAUUUUUCUUCAAAUCUUGCAUCUUUGGCAAACUUGAAUCCAGCUGCUCUUCUACAAACAAUGGAUAUGGGCAAUUUUAUGAAUAACGUCAUGAAUAUGGCUAGCAUGAAUAUGGGUGGAAUGAAUCCAUUUGUACAAUUUUUAAAUAAUUCUGGCCUUCAUCCGAAUUGGGCAUCUAGUCUUCCAGGAAAAGCUGUUUCACAACUGUGGAUGAAUGCUAUGGAUCCUACAAAAAUGAUGCAGCCAACUAUUCCGGAAGAAGAAGAAGUUGACGAUGAAGAGAUGGGUGUUGCAGAAACUUAUGCCGACUAUAUGCCAACAAAAUUAAAAUUAGGCCGUAAACAUCCUGAUCCAGUUGUUGAAACUGCAUCAUUAUCUAGUGUAGAACCUACUGAUGUGUGGUAUAAAGUAUCCAUUCCUGAGGAAACAAUAAAAUCCGGAGCUCUUUCUGCCUUGCAACUGGAAUCGAUUACUUAUGCGUCCCAACAACAUGAACAUUUACUUCCUGAUGGUACACGUGCUGGUUUUCUUAUUGGUGACGGAGCUGGUGUUGGUAAAGGUCGAACUAUUGCAGGAAUAAUAUUUGAAAAUUACUUAAAAGGACGAAAACGUGCCAUAUGGGUAUCUGUUUCAAAUGAUUUGAAAUAUGAUGCUGAACGAGAUUUAAAAGAUAUUGGAGCAGGGAAAAUUGAAGUUCAUGCUCUAAAUAAAUUUAAAUAUGCAAAAAUUUCAUCAGCAGCUAAUGGAAAUGUUAAGAAAGGUGUAAUAUUUAGUACAUACUCGGCAUUAAUUGGAGAAUCUUCACAGAGUGGUGGAAAGUACAAAAGUCGAUUAAAGCAACUACUUCAAUGGUGUGGAGAGGAUUUUGACGGUCUAAUUAUAUUUGAUGAGUGUCAUAGAGCAAAAAAUUUAUGUCCUACAGGCAGUUCAAAGCCUACAAAAACUGGUCUAACGGUUUUGGAGCUUCAAAAUAAAUUACCAAAAGCACGUGUUGUUUAUGCUAGUGCUACAGGAGCAUCAGAACCACGAAAUAUGGCAUAUAUGGUCCGAUUAGGAAUGUGGGGUGAAGGAACACCUUUUCCAGAAUUCAAUGAUUUUAUCACUGCUGUAGAAAAACGUGGAGUUGGUGCUAUGGAGAUCGUAGCUAUGGAUAUGAAAUUGAGAGGCAUGUACAUCGCUCGACAAUUAAGUUUUCACGGUGUAGCAUUUAAAAUUGAAGAAGUUCCUUUAUCUAAAGAAUUUACAAACAUUUAUGAUGCUUCAGUAAGACUGUGGGUUGACGCGAUGCAAAGGUUUCACGAAGCAGCUGAGCUAAUUGAUGCUGAAAACAGAAUGAAGAAAACAAUGUGGGGUCAGUUUUGGUCAUCACAUCAGCGAUUUUUCAAAUAUCUUUGUAUUGCAGCUAAAGUUAAACAUGCAGUAGCUGUAGCACGUGAAGCUGUUAAAUGUGGAAAAUGUGUUGUAAUAGGUCUUCAAUCGACUGGAGAAGCUAGAACACUUGAACAACUUGAACGUGAUGAUGGUGAAUUAAGUGAUUUUGUUUCUACAGCUAAGGGUGUAUUACAAACCUUAGUAGAGAAACAUUUUCCAGCUCCAGAUCGUAAUAGAAUUCAACGUCUUCUUGGUUUAGAUCCACCAAAAAUACAAGCAACAAUACCUGAAGAAGAAACAACAGUUACAACAGCUGGUGGAAGUAAAAGAAAACCAGUACGACAAGCAGCUCAACGAGCAUAUAAAAAAGUACGUGGAUGGUCAUCUGAGGAAGAAAACACCGAUGAAGAUAGAAAUGGUGGUCAUAGUUCAGGUUCAGAAUUUAAGUUAACCGGAACAGAAAGUGAAGACGAAAAUCGGUCUGAGAAUGAAAGUAAUGUUAGUUCAGAUUUUAAUCCAUUUUAUUCUGAUAGUGAUUCUGAUGCAGACCCUUGGGACAGAAGAAAGAAAAAAGGUGGAAAAAAAGCCAAGAAACCAGCAAAAAAGAAACUUAGUACACAAGAUAAAAUUCAAUCAAUGUUGGCUCUUAAAACAGCUUCACAACGAAAUACUAAACGAAAUGGAGAUACUGUAACUGGAGUACAGGGUAUUAAUGUAUCUGGCCGACCAACAGCUGGAGCACCUCCUCGUGAUGCAAUUGAACGAGCUUGUAGUAUGAAAGAGGAAUUAUUAGCACAAAUAGAAGCUCUGGGAGAACAGUUACCUCCUAAUACUCUCGAUCAACUUAUAGAUGAACUAGGUGGUCCUGAGAAUGUUGCAGAAAUGACUGGUCGAAAAGGUCGUGUUGUUCAAACAGAAGACGGUGCAAUACAAUACGAAUCUCGAUCAGAAGUUGAUGUUCCUUUAGAGACACUGAAUCUUACUGAAAAACAACGAUUUAUGGAUGGUGAAAAAACAGUAGCUAUAAUUUCAGAAGCUGCUAGUAGUGGUAUAUCUUUACAAAGUGAUCGUCGUGCUCGCAAUCAAAUGCGACGUGUUCAUAUUACUCUUGAACUUCCUUGGAGUGCAGAUCGUGCAAUCCAACAAUUUGGACGAACUCAUCGUUCAAAUCAAGUAAAUGCGCCAGAAUAUAUUUUUCUUAUAUCUGAUUUGGCUGGAGAAAGACGAUUUGCAUCCACUGUAGCUAAACGUCUUGAGAGUUUAGGAGCACUUACUCAUGGUGAUCGACGUGCAACUGAAACUAGAGAUUUAUCACAAUUUAACAUUGAUAAUAAAUAUGGACGUUCUGCAUUAGAGGCUACAAUGAAGACUAUAAUGGGUUAUGAAGCACCAUUGGUACCACCUCCUCAAGAUUAUCGUGGUGAUUUCUUUAAAGAUAUUGCUGAUGCUUUAGUGGGUGUUGGUUUGAUAUGUAAUAGUGAAAGUACACCCGGUAUUCUUUCACUUGAUAAAGAUUAUAAUAAUAUGUCGAAAUUUUUAAACAGAAUACUAGGAAUGCCUGUAGAUUUACAAAAUCGACUGUUUCAAUAUUUUACUGAUACUCUUAAUGCUAUUGUAACUCAAGCUAAAAAAACUGGUCGUUUUGAUAUGGGUAUUCUUGAUCUUGGUACUUCUGGAGAAAAUGUGCAUCGUGUUAAACUUUAUCGAUUUAUGCGAAAGCAUGCCACAGGUACAGCUCCAACAGAGUUACAUGUGGUACACGUUGAGAGAGGCAUGAGUUGGUCAGAGGCUAUGGAACGAUGGUCAGCAUUGACCGGAGCAAAAGAAGGAUUUUAUUUAAGUCAUCAAAUUAGAAAUGGAAAACAAACAGCUAUUUUAGCAAUAGCUGUUGAUAAUGGUAAAAAGAAAAUUGAAAGUAAAAAAGAUCAAUUGUAUAUGGUUUAUAGGCCAAAUACUGGAUUACAAUUAAGACAAGAAACUCUUGGUGAGCUUGAAAAAAAAUAUAAAAAAGUUUCGUCCGAAGAGGCUGAAACACAUUGGACUCAACAAUAUGAUGCUUCAGUGGAUACAUGUUCACAUGCAUAUUGGCGAGGAAAUUGUAAAAAUGUUACUGUUAACAUGGACUGUGAAGUUGGAUUACGUCGACGAUCUUAUAAUGUUCUUGCCGGCUCCGUUUUAAGUGUUUGGAGUCGCGUUGAAUCUAUUUUAGCUACUCGUUCCGGUCAUAAUUCAAAAAUGCAAGUUAUUCGCUUACGAACAGAUGAUGGCUUAAAAAUUGUUGGAACAUUGAUUCCUAAAGCUUGUAUGGAAACAUUAUGUGAAGCUCUCUCUUCCGAUGCUGAAAAAACAGAAGAACAAGUAUUUUGAACGUCCGAUUGUUCAUAAGGUAACACAAGAUCCAAGACUGCCAGGCAUGUAAUAUCGGAAGAAAAAAAAUGGUAAAAUUAAUUAUUUGAAGAUUAUUUAAAAAUGCAAUUAUUAAAAAAAAUACUGAGGCACAAUAAUAAGUCGUACGUUUCGUAAAAUUCAUUAAUAAUAUAAUAGAAUUAAUCAUUGAAUCUACGGCUUAAUUAAAAUGCCUGCACAAACCCAAAAAUAAAAUAGAUCCUCCGGCAGUAUAUUGCUAUGAAGUAAGACCAUUAACACAUUACGAUGAAAUUGUUAUUAUAAGUUUUAUCGGAUUAUUUCAUUUUAGAUGUUACAUUCUUCUUUAAAUUAUUUUACCACAAUUAGAGUUUGCAUAAACACAUGAAAUUCAUGUUAAACAAUUAUAUUAUAUAAUAUUGCCUCUUUCUAGUAUUUUUUAAUCAAUUUUUAGCCUUAGGUACACAUUA